AUGGAAGAGGUGGCUGCGGAUGGGAGCGUACGGAAGACCGUCGUGAAGGCUGGAACUGGCCCACGUGGCACGCCUCCUCGCGGCUCCACGGUUUACGUCGACUUCGUGGGACGGUUGGCUGGGGACUUGGCCGAUGGCGAUGAUGGCUCUACGGUGUUCGACUCCACCGCGGAGCGUGGGCACUUCUUCACGUUCACCAUCGGACAAGAACAGACGAUUCCAGGGCUGGAGCUGGCCGUCGCGCAGAUGACCGAAGGCGAGACGGCCCUCGUCACCGUCGCCCCGAGCCAAGUCGGUACCCACUCGUCGCUCUGCGCCGCCGUGCAGCCUGGUCUGACGACCGCGGCGUACGGGUCGAUGGGGAAUCAGCAGGGGUUCCACGGGUGCGGGCGGCCCAUCCCGCCCAACGCCACCCUCCAGUUUGAACUGCAGCUGCUCGAUUGGGAUGAGCACCCCGAAAAGUUGAGACACUUGAGCCACGCGGAGACGAUCGACCUGGCUGAGCGGCUCAAGGCCGAGGGCAACACAUUGUUCGUCAAGCAGAAUGAGCUCACGCGGGCGGUGUGCAAGUACAAGCGGGCCAUCGCUUGCCUCGACGCCGACGAUGCUGCCUCUGAGCCGAGCGACGCCGAACGCAACAAGCAGCAGGCGCUUGAGUCAGCCUGCUUCCUCAACCUUGCGGCGUGCCAGCUGAAGCAAUCGCAGUACAAGGAGGCAGCUGAGUCCUGUCGCCGGGUCUUGGCCAACGAGCCCGACAGCGCCAAGGCGCACUUUCGACUGGGCAAGGCGCUGGCGGGUACAGACGACCUGGACGAGGCCAAGAAGGAGCUCGAGCAGGCGCUCGCGCUCGAGGACCUGGGUGAGAUCAGGCGAGAGCUCAAGCUGGUCGAGCAGAGGCUCCGGGCGCACGAGAAGAAGCAGCAGCAGUUCUACGGCAAGCUGUUCGCCAAGCUGGGCGACGACAAGUCCGGCGCCGGCGGCCUCUACACGCCCGAGGAGAUCGCCGCGGCCAACAAGCCGGUAUUCAAGAAAUGCAACCUAUGGUACGCACCGAGAGCCAACACUCGGCAUGU